AAAAAAUAAACAGCCUUUAAACCAAAAAGGAAAUGUUUUUGAGGUUGGAGUUUAAUUUCGUCCAGUUUUCUGUGUGUAACAUCCCUCCCGGGUCGUGUUAGACCGCCACGCGGGACCGUGGGUGCCUGCAGCCCCGGUGAGCGCGCGCGUGUGAGGGGGGGCUGGGUCAACGCUGGAAACCAGGCUGGAGAGGGGAAAGAAGAAGCAGUCUUUCCUGACGGCGACACCUGCACACAAACACGCGCCUGGGAGUGGGAGGGAAGCAGAGAAGCGACGCCGAAACAGCCCGACGGGGAAGUAAAAGCGGCUUUAUUGACGUCUGGACUGGAGGCUGAAACUGCAGGAGUUCCUCCAGCGGGCGGGGAGGACGACGGCAGGCAGGUAUCGAGUGGAUGAGAAGAACAUGGAGCUGAAUAGAAAAGAGGUGCCUUUAUAUGGACAGGUGGAGGGUCAAAUCACAUUACAAGCAAGAGCUCCUGUGGAUGCAGAAUAUUACGUGGUUACAAAAGGAUCAAGGCUUACACAUGUAACCCCUGCAACAGCAUGUGAAGACGGACAGACUCUCUGCUUCACUGUUCCAGGUCAUGACCGCGUGGAAGCUGUGUCAGUCACACCUUACGUUUGCACAAAGGAUCAAGUUAAUCCAUGUCAGGGUCAGACUUCCCUUCAAUAUGUCAAGGAUCUUGCCCAGGAAGCAGCCGAGUACUUAAGUGCAAACAUUAACCAGCUUGACCUUCAGAACUACAGCGAUAUCCUGAAGAGGUUUCCUGCUUUGGGACUGGUCGUGGAUGAGGAAGUCUAUGAUGGACUGUCAGACUGCAGACGAAGUUCAGGCAGUGAAGCCGAUGUGACCCAGCUGGAUGAAAAGAUCACACAAGCCCUGGCUAACAUGGAUUACCCUUGGCAGUGGGAAGGAAAAGACAGUCAGCCCGGACAAGAUUCUGAACUUCGAUCCAGAGAAAGUCUCCUACAACUUGCAGUACGUCUGGGUUUGGUCCACCUUACCCGUUUUUUAAUUCACCAACCGACAGAUCAGAGCGGAGAAACACCCGUCCACCGGCCUCACGGCACGCUUUCGAUGCUGUCAAGUUCUUCGGGAUCUGCUGGCGGCCUCCUUCCUGGUCUUUGGUGCUUGUGGUCUGACAGCUCCAGCAUGCUGAGGUUUUGUCCUGGGAGGAACUCUGUCGUCCUCACAGUGCAGCAGGCAGGUGACGGCUGCCCUCAGGACAGCAUUCUGCUCCUUCAAAAAAGCCUUAAGGACCCCAGUAUCCACAAGCUGAUCAAAAUUCUCACAGCUGAAGCUUCGGAGGAGAAGACAAACAGAGACGAAGGUCAUCUGAGCGAUGAAGGCAGGGACGUCCACGUGGAGGAGGAUGUUCUGGUGGAUAAUGUUUUUGAGGAACAGCUUGUUCUGUCGUUGGACGAAGAUGAAGAAUACUUGUCCUCAUUAUCAGUAAAUGGUCAUCCUCUGCCAUCCAGUGAAGAUCAGCAGCAGUUCAUCCAGACUUCCACCAACGCCGGACUCUUCAUGAACAGCCAAAGCAGCCUGCAGACUCAGUUCCAGAAGAGCGAUGUUGAGUUCAGAGUUCGAGGCGUGACGUGCAGCAGCACGGGGACCGACGACUCUUUAUGGGACUCUGAAGACAUUUUUCUUGCCACCGACACGCCUCCACCUCGUUUGGAUGACCUUUACUCCACCUCUGCACCCCGGCUGUCCCCACUCCAAAGACUCCAGAGUUGUCCUGCCUCCUCUGAGCUGACAAAUCAGAGAGAAAGUCCGCCGGUGGAAACCUGCGACCUCAGUCUGGUGGCUCUGGAAGUUGACAGUGAAGAAGAGAACAGACCAAAGUCUCCACUGACCAUUCUUGAGAAAACUGAUGCCAGGAAGGAAAUCUCUGGUCCAGAUCUCACCUGCACCCGCAGCCAGUCGGCCUCAGCAUGUGAACCCAGUUUGAAAGAUGUAAGUGAUGAUGGCGGUCGGUUGCGCUCCUAUUCCUACUCCUCCUCCAAAAUCAGUUUCCGUCCUCGCUUUUCCAAGGAGCACACAGGAUCGGACAUCAGCUCCGAUGCUGCGCUCCACAGUGUCAGCCACAGCCGAUCUCUCCUUCAGGCCCUCUCUCUGUCUAAAUCCACCCUGUCUCUGUCUCUGCUCCACCAUGGUAAGCAAAGAGUCUCCACUAUUUCGGAUCAGUCGCAUGAAAAAAGGGAGAUUAGGUUCCGUAAGCGUGCCCAGUCUGCUGACGAUGAGGGCAGCAUGGAGCUCGCAGAGUCGCUUCAGCAUCUCACCCUGUCUGAGUUUCUCAAAGAAAUCGAAGAAGAGGAGUUGGAUAAAUACAACAUCCCAGCCAAGACGGAGUCGGAGAAGUACAAAGUCAUUCGGACCUUCAGUUUUCUCAAGAACAGGAUGUCCAGUACGCGCAACAAGAGCAAGGGGAAAGGGAAGGACCGAGAAGCCAAGGACAAGCUGAAUGGACAUCGCUUUGCCACCGGCUCCUGUUUAGGAGCCCCUCACUGCGUGGUUUGCGACAAGCCGGCUUCUGGAAAGGACCUCCUGCACUGUCCAGAUUGCACUGCCAUUGUCCACAAGGCCUGUAAGGAGUCUGUCCCCCCGUGUUUGAAGAAACCUCAGGACAAAUAUGCCGUUUCCACGGUGAAAAGCAGGACGGCAUCCCUCCCUCAGAACUUCACAGUCAGAGACAGUCCUCAGCAGUCUGCCAUCCCCAUCUCUUCUUCUUUACCCGUCAUGACCCCGAAGGAGAGGAGGGAUGCUGUGACGCAGUCAUACUCGCCCUCUGGAAGCUUACCCAACAGCGACAGUUUACUCAGUGAGAGCUCAGAGACGGAAUUGGAGGUCCAGAGGCUGAACGGCCAAUCAGAAGAGUUCAUGUCAACACCGCUGUCAUCCACUUCCACCGACUCGUGCUUUACUGAGGACGGUUUGGACUCAUUCGCUCACAGCUACAGCGACAUCCUGACGGAUUCUGUGGACUUUGAGGCAGAGUCAUGGAGUCUGACCGUGGAGCACAAGUUCAGCAAGAAGCAGGACAAACGAGUCGCCAAGAGGCAGGACGUCAUCUAUGAGCUGAUGCAGACGGAGUUCCACCACCUGCAGACUCUGCACAUCAUGGCGGAGGUUUUCCGGCGAGGCAUGAAGGAGGACGUGCAGCUGGAUGCUGACGCCGUGGAGCGGGUCUUCCCCUGUCUGGACCAGCUGCUCGCCCUCCACCACGCCUUCUUUAGCGCCCUGAAGGAACGCAGGCACAGCUCGGGCGUCCGGCAGGAACACAGGAACUACCUGAUCCACCAAAUCGGAGACAUUUUGCUCAAACAGUUUUCAGAUGACAGCGGAGAUAAAAUGAAGCAAGUCUACGGCGAAUUCUGCAGUCGUCAUAAUGAAGCAGUCAGUUUCUUUAAGGAGCUCCAGCAGCACAAUAAGAGAUUUCACAGCUUUGUGAAGCAACAAGGAAGUAACUCCUUGGUGAGACGGAAGGAGAUCCCAGAAUGCAUCUUGCUGGUAACUCAAAGGAUUACAAAGUACCCAGUACUGCUUGAGAGGAUCCUGCAGUACACUCAGGAGGACACCGAGGAGCAUGCAGAGCUGUCAAAAGCUCUGGCUCAGAUUCGAGAGGUGAUCGCCGCCGUGGACCAGAGGGUCAGUGAAUACGAGCGCCACCAGAAGUUACAGGAAGUGUGGAACCGCAUCGACAGCCGCAGCACGGCCAAGCUGAAGGACGGAUGCACGUUCCGCAAGCAGGACAUGAUGAGGCCGGGGCAAAUUCUCAAACACCAGGGCCAGCUUCUGUGGAAGACUGCCACCGGGCGGCUUAAAGAUGUCCAGGCGGUUCUUCUCACAGACCGGCUCAUCUUCCUGCAAGAAAAGGACCAGAAGUACAUAUUUGCUACAGUGGACCAGAAGCCCCCCGUCAUCGCUUUGCAGAAGUUGAUCGUGCGAGAAGUUGCCAACGAGGAAAGAGGCAUGUUUUUGAUCAGCGCCUCGUCGUCGGGCCCGGAGAUGUACGAGGUCCACACGUCCUCCAAAGACGAACGGAACACCUGGAUGAGGCUCAUCAGAGAGGCUGUGGAAAGCUGUCCAGAGGAAGAAGAGGAGUUUGCAUCUGAAUCAGAAGAAGAGAAGAAAGCUGCUAAAGCGCGAUUACAGAAGAUUCAUAAAGUGAAAGAGAGUUUGAUGAGCCAGGACCAGCAGAUCUGCUCCUGCCUGGAGGAGAAGCUGCAGAUCUACUCGGAGCUCUCCUCUCUAAACGGGAGGACGGGAGCUGCUCAGGUGGAAGCCAGACUGCUGGUGCAACCGCAGUCAGAGGAGCUGCCGCAGGCUGCCGGGCUGCUGGCUGCAGCGCUGCAAGAGGCUGAGAACCUGAAGACCACGCUGUCCUGUUCUCCAUCAGAGUCCAACCAGGACUCGGACACCGACUGUCUGCUCCCCGACACCCCCACAGAGCCCACGUCAGACUUCUCUGAGGACUCACCUGACAACCCAGAGGCAGGCGAAGGCUCCUGGACGGACGCUUUGGUGCUGCAGACCUCACCUGAGCUGCAAAGCGGUGAUCUGGGUAACAUGGACUCCAUGGUUGCUGAAAGUGUCCAAAGCUUGACUCGGUUGUUGUACAGUCUGCAGGCCGUCGUGGCCAUACAGGACACCUGCUACGAGGUCCAGAGGCUCCUCCUGGAGGAGAGUGGGCGCCCCUCGCCCCGCGCCCAGCGGGUGCACCUGUCCAGUCCCUGGGCGAACACCUUACAGGAGCAAGAAAAGCAGCGCAACUUGGAGAAGCAGAAGGAGGAAAUCGCGGCGGCCCAGCGGCUCCACGACAAACUGCGCCAGGACAAGGAGCGCUGGGAGCGAGAGUGUCAGGCCAAAGAAAGCCAGCAGGGGGAGCAGGAGAGCAGACUGGAGGAGAGGGAAAGGCAGUGCCAGCUGGCAGCGGAGAAGCUCAAGCAGGAGAAGGAAGAGCUGGACGGACAACUGGAGGAGUACCAGCAGAGCCUGGAGCGGCUCAGGGAGGGCCAGAGGAACGUGAAGCGGGAACGCGAGCGUCUGGAGGGCCAGGAAAGGCUGCUCCAGACCUGGAAGCACGGGCGGCAGAGCAGCCUGCCUGCUGUCAUACCUCACAUGAUCAUCCCUCUGGAUGGGCAGCAGGUUUCACCACCGAGUCCAUCCAGAGGGAACGGCUCCGUGUUCGUGAACGAGGCCGUGCUCACCGGCACCAACAACCGCCACCACAAAAGAAAUGACCCCAGCGCACACAACUGUCUCAACACCCUGCUGGCCCGAACCAACAACAGACGCUCCGCGAUAGUUCCACCUCCUCACAGCCAACACUCAGACUCCCAGGACUGGACCAUGGGAUCCGGGUACCUCCGUAGUCCUACAGAGACCAUCGGACUUCAGCACUCAAGCACCGAUCACAACGGUGAGACGUGGACGUCAGCAGCAAGCGGAACCAACCCGUAUCCAGUGUUCCCGCACCCCAGUGACCCUCAGCUGGACCUCAGCGCGCUGGUUUCCUUGGAGACUGACAGUGAUGGGGAGGAGAGCAGGGAGGAAACCAUUGUGUACCUCUGAGUUUGGACAGAGUUCAUGCUCCUAAGGAGCCAGCACUGCAGCUGUGCAGAAGAUACGACAUCCACGGGGCUUAUAUUUAAUACUGUAAAGCAUUUUGUACUAAAAUAUAUCUGCUUAUUUUGUAAAAUAUAUCUGGCAAAAAGAAGAUAAAGAUUGCGUCUCAUGUGUCUUGCACCUUAAAGAAGGCACCGCUUGGGUGUUCAGUGUCACUUUUUAUUGCGCUCUGCGUGGGGUUUAUUUUUUCCUCCUUUUGUCUCCCGCCACCAUAACCUUUCCCCUUCCCCUCCCAUCUGGCUUGCUUCUUUACCCUCGCUGCUUUUCUUCCUCGCCACACACAUUUCAUCCCUCGGGCUCUGUAUUUAUUUUAUUUGCAGCUGGGGGAGAAUAUGGAGGCCGUAUCAGUGAAACACCAGGCUGCAUCGCUCCAGCAGGCGAUUGUCCCGCCGUCAGCCAAGCUCUCAGCGGAAUAUUUGAACUGAAAGAUGAGGUCCACCCGUUUGUUGCUGAAGCCAUAAUUUAUACUUUUUUUUGUAUGAAAGAUUGUUUUUUCUCUUUACUUCUGAAAUAAGAUUGUAAAAAGAAAAGUUAGAGCUGAGUUUGUGUUUUGGUUGUAACAGGGGUUCCUAUAAAAACUAAAAUUAUCUUCAAGAGGAUAAAAAUGGAAAAAACUGAAUGAUUUAAUUCAUUUUAGGCAUCCAAAUCAUCAUAAAAGGAUCCCCAAAUAUUUACAUUUUUAUUUUUUAUUUUGUUAAAUACACCCUCCUAGUGGUUCACAAUUAAUUUCAGAAAAAUAAGGUGAUUUCAUGAUAAUCUUUAGUUACGAAACAGCUCUAUGCAAAGUGGCCUUGGUUUUAUGUACACAUGACAACUAAAUAAUUAGCCAAAUACUUCUAAAAUAAUAAUUAUCUCUCAUUUUUAUAUAUAUAUUUAUUGUCUUUUCCACAUAACACAAAACAACACAAACAAUAACCGCCCGCUCCCCCAUUUCUGCCAUCAACAAUUAUAUCAGUUAUAAUUACAACAUAACAUUGAGACAAAUAUAAGAAAAAGAGGAGAAAAAUUGUCAGGAUACAGUACUUAAAUGACUAGCAAUAAAAUAAAAUACCAAAAAACAAAUGAGAAAAAAAAAUACAGCAACAGAGAAAAAGGGUCAUUCUGUCAAUUUUGUAGAUGGGUGAUUAAAAAAAGUUAAAACGGGUUUCCAUACCAAACUAAAUUUUUGUUCAGUACCUCUUAAUAUAUACCUUAUUUUCUAAAGUUUUAAAUGAAAGAAUACAUCUUUAAUCCAUUGUGAAACUGUGGAGAAAAUGAUAAUUAUCUGACCACAUGAAGGCAGCAGGAAAGCGUUCUCAUCGUCUAGAAGCACGGAAAAAAAAUCAAAAACUCUCAAAUUUGGCCCCGUCAUCUGUCCAUCAAAUUGUAAUAGAUUCCAAAUAUUUCAGCUUAAUUUGGAACAAUUAUGGAGUUUGCUCAGACCAGGAAAACAAAGACGUACAUGGUUCUAGUCGUCCAAAAGUUGAUGCAUCAGAAUGGAGUGGAGCAGGGAACUUGUGGCUCACCCAGCAACGUUUCUGAACCACAAAUAAGGUCUUUUUCAAGCUGCACUUUUUUGUCUGCUACUGUUUCACAAUGAUUUGAUUAAAGAAAUACUCAACAAUGCAAUUUUGAGCUUAAUUUUCCCAAUAUAUGUCCUCCAUUAUCAGAAAAAUACAACAAGAAAAACACAGUUAGUGCCUAAAACAUAGUAAUUUUCCCAUACUGUUGUAUUCAACUCCAAACUUUACACUUCAUGUUGGCAUUCUGUCUUUUGUUUUCCUGUAGAAACUCUCUGUGCCAGUGCUUCAUAUUCUAUCAUACACUAUCAGAUACACGGUGCCCUAAAAUGAGGUUUUUCUAUGCCUACAAUAAGGCAGUGGCAUAUUUUGUACAUAUAUUUGUACUUUUAUUUAUUUAUUGCAAACAGAAUUGAUGUUUUUCUGUGUUUUUCAAAGAUGUUUACCUGUUGUGAAUCAUGUUUACUUGCUGUGUACUCGUGUAUUCAACAAUCAGACAUGACUGUGCUGACAAGUAAAGAAAGUAAAGUUGA